CUACGCCAUAGCUGACAACGCUUACCGCAUGAUGUGCUCUGAACUAAAUAACCACUUCAUCCUGAUCUCUGGAGAGAGCGGGGCGGGGAAGACGGAGGCCUCCAAGAAGAUUCUCCAGUAUUUUGCGGUGACCUGCCCCAUGACCGAGUCACUACAAGUAGCCCGUGACAGACUGCUACUCUCCAACCCCGUGCUGGAGGCUUUUGGAAAUGCCAAAACACUCCGGAAUGACAACUCCAGCAGAUUUGGAAAAUACAUGGACAUUCAAUUUGACUUUCAGGGCAUUCCCAUAGGUGGGCACAUCAUCAGUUAUUUGAUAGAAAAGUCCCGCGUCGUCCACCAAAACCAUGGUGAGCGGAAUUUCCACAUCUUCUACCAGCUGCUUGCUGGUGGUGAAGCAGAGCGCCUCGCUUACCUGGGACUUGAGCGAGACCCCCAGCUGUACAAAUACCUCUCACAGGGUCAUUGUGCCAAAGAGUCAUCUCUCAACGACAAGAACGACUGGAAGACUGUUUCCAAUGCCUUUUCUGUCAUCGAUUUUACCGAAGCUGACCUUGAGAAUCUCUUUGGAAUUAUUGCCAGCAUCCUGCACCUGGGGAAUAUUUGUUUUGAAGAGGGUCCCCAUGGCUGCGCCGCCAUCCCAGACACCCACGAGAUCAAGUGGAUCGCCAAGCUCCUGGGAGUCUCUCCAUCGAUCCUUCUGGAAGCUCUCACCCACAGAAAGAUUGAAGCCAAAACUGAUGAGGUGAUCUGCCCAUUGACGCUAGAACUGUCUGUCUAUGCCAGGGAUGCCAUGGCGAAGGCUGUUUAUGGGCGGACAUUUACUUGGCUGGUCAACAAAAUCAACUCCUCCUUAGUUAAUAAGGAUUUCACCAGGAAAACAGUGAUUGGACUGUUGGAUAUCUAUGGGUUCGAAGUCUUUGACAAGAAUGGUUUUGAACAGUUCUGUAUAAAUUACUGCAAUGAGAAACUACAGCAAUUACUAAUAGAAAGGACUCUGAAAGCAGAGCAGACCGAGUAUGAAAUGGAGGGGAUAGAGUGGGAGCCAAUUCAGUAUUUCAACAACAAGAUCAUCUGUGAUUUGGUGGAAGAGAGACACAAAGGAAUCAUAUCCAUUCUGGAUGAAGAAUGUUUUCGUCCUGGUCCUGCUACAGACUUGAGCUUCCUGGAGAGACUGGAAGAGAAAGUAGGCAAGCACGCACACUUCCAGACCCGUAAACUGGCCGGUCCAAAGAGCCGAAAGCGGAUUGGCUGGAUGGAGUUCCAGCUCCUCCACUAUGCAGGAGAGGUCACUUACUGCACCAAGGGAUUCUUGGAAAAAAACAAUGAUCUCCUUUACAGACAUUUGAAAGAAGUACUGUGCAGGUCCAAGAACAGCAUCCUGAGGCAAUGCUUCCUGGUGGCCGAGUUAGAAAACCGGAGGAGGUCGCCAACCGUGGGCACCCAGUUUAAGAACAGCCUGAGCAGCCUUCUAGAAAUCCUCAUCUCCAAGGAACCCUCGUACAUCCGCUGCAUCAAGCCCAACGAGAGGAAAGAGCCCAGCAAGUUCGACGACCUCCUCAUACGGCAUCAGAUCAAGUACCUGGGGCUGAUGGAGCACCUGCGGGUACGGCGGGCCGGCUUUGCGUACCGGCGGAAGUACGAGCACUUCUUGCAGAGGUACAAGUCCUUGUGCCCUGACACCUGGCCACACUGGCGCGGACCUCCAGCAGAGGGAGUAGAACGGCUGAUCAAGUACAUCGGCUACAAACCCGAGGAGUACAAGUUAGGCAAAACCAAAAUAUUCAUUCGUUUCCCCAGAACUCUGUUUGCUACCGAAGAUGCCUUUGAAUUUAGCAAACAUCAAUUAGUGGCAAAAAUCCAAGCCACAUACAAAGGCUGCAUGGGAAGGAGAGAAUACGUGAAGAAGAGACAGGCAGCCAUCAAGCUGGAAACCCACUGGCGUGGAGCCCUGGCGCGGACGGAGGCCAAGAGGAGGAGGUGGGCUGUGCAGGUGAUAAGAAGGUUCAUCAAAGGAUUCAUCAAUCGCAACAAACCCCUGUGUCCUGACAACGAGGAGUUUGUAGUGUUCGUGCGGAAGAAUUACAUCUUGAACCUCCGGCAUCACAUUCCAAAGAACGUCUUAGACAAGAGCUGGCUGAAGCCACCUGGCAUCUUGGAAAAUGCAUCGGACUUGCUCAGGAAAAUGUGCAUGAGGAACCUGGUGCGGAAGUACUGCCGAGGGAUCACUCCACAGCGGAAGGCCAUGAUGCAGCAAAAAGUGGUUACAAGUGAAAUAUUCAGGGGGAAGAAAGAAGGCUACACGGAAAGUUUAAACCAGUCCUUUGCCAACAGUCGGAUAGAUGAAGGAGACGUUAGUCCCAAAGUGCUCCAGCUAAUCAGCAAUGAAAACAUCCAGUAUGGUAUCCCGGUCAUUAAAUAUGACAGGAAAGGCUUCAAGGCGCGGCAGCGGCAACUCAUUCUGACUCAGAAAGCAGCUUACGUGGUGGAACUUGCCAAAAUCAAGCAGAAAAUAGAGUACUCAGCACUCAAAGGUGUCUCCACUAGUAAUCUGGGUGAUGGAAUCUUGGUUAUCCAUGUUUCUCCAGAGGACAACAAGCAAAAGGGGGACGCCAUUUUACAGUGUGAACAUGUGUUUGAAGCAAUUACUAAGCUCGUUAUGCUGGUUAAGAAGGAGAACAUUGUAAAUGUUGUUCAAGGGAGUUUACAGUUUUAUAUUAGUCCUGGGAAAGAAGGCACAAUAGUUUUUGACACUGGACCGGAAGAACAAAUCUAUAAAGAUAAGAAUGGACAGUUAACGGUGGUGUCUGUCCGGAGGAAGUCCUGAUAGAGGGUGCCGUCAGCCCUCUACCGUGACCGUUUCUGCUGCCGCUGAGAAAAGUACUGGGGAAGCAGGAAUCUGAUCCUGUUAGCUACCUCAAGGAAAGAUUCCAGCAGCUCCCGGAAAAGGAUCCCAACUGAAGAAACUGAGUGGUAUGUUAUACCAAAGCCUAACCCCAGCUCCUUGGUUGCCCUGUGGCCCUAUAUUAAGAUGUCUUCUUCUGGGAACUGACCUCAAGUCACCUGAGGGCCUAGUUUUGAAGAUCCCAAAGAGGAUUUCCACUCAACAGGCAUUUAGAGUGGGCGACACAGUCUCUACCUUUGUCAAGCUCCCCUAAGACACAAUGGAUUAUUAUAUAUGGUCUUGAGAGUAAGUAAAUGAAGUUUCAUGAAGCUGCAAAAUUUGAAUUUUCCUUUGAACAGAUGGAACUUGGGCUCUUUGGGUCCCAGAUGGUGAGCUGAGUCCCUUCCCACCCCUCAGUAUUCAUUUUACUUGUUCACAAGCCACAGCACUUCCGCCCAAAUCUUCCUUUCAUCUUUUCCUUCCGAGCAGCCGUCUCUGCUGUGACCUCUACCUCAGCUCAGGGGCUUAGCUGCUGGGCAGUGCUGAAAAGACCCAGAGGACAGACUGAAAUAGAAGCAUUACGUAACUUUUAUUUUACAUACGUCCACAAUACUUGCACAACAUACAGCGACUACUCAACAGCAUUUUCUCAUAGCGCAGAGACAGAAAGGUUGAUGACACACUUAAAUGUGCUCUGGUUACUCUGGGCGGAGCCCUACAGAUAGCACACGCCGGAGAGGAAGGGCUGAGUGUCUUCACACUUGGGUCUUGAAUGGCUGUUGUAAGGUUCACACACACCUAACACGCAGAGAAGAGGGGAGAGGCCUGGGGUUCAAGCACAGCCAUCAGCAAGCUAACCCCCGACAGGAGGGUGAUGAAAGAGGAUAAGCCAGGAAUUGUCUCGGGCACAGGCCUCCAGUCACCACAAUCAGAUGACUUACUAAAAAAAAAAAACAAAACCUGAACAUGAUCACAACAGACCCAAAGCUCUUGAUUUUUUUAAACUGUAAGCUAUUACACUGUAAUAAAACCUUACUUUUUACCCCUUCUUAGGCCAGUGUUUUACUUGAUUUGUUCUUAAAUAGAAAUAUUGACUUUUAGAAAAAUCAGUUUCUCCUAGAGUAUGUUCCAGAACAAAGCUUGAAGGAGCCAAUGCGGUCCGUCCACUCAGCUACGUACAGCCAACGGUGUCAUCCGCCAUGGAAUGUGUUUCGAACCUGUCCGUGUCCCAGGGAGGCAAAGACUCAAAAGUUGGAGGAAAAGUGGAGGUAGAGAGAGCUGCCAGAAACGUUAGGUCAUAAGGCAUCGAAGCCAAAACGAAUCAGAUUGUUCCACACACUUAUCUUCACACAGACAUUGAAAACAGCACUUAUACAAUGGCUUUUCCAUUCCUACAGAAAACAUCAGAACUGACAUUCACUUGAACUUUCUAAAAAAGUUCAACCCAGAUGGCAGGGUUGGUCUUUAAAACUUCGAGUAUAAAAUAGGUAAGAAAUGUUAUUUUGUAAGCCCCCUUUCCUUAGCACUUAAUAAAAUCCAAAUGGCCUGAUAUAAAAGUUUCCCGCACAACGGUUAAAAAGCAUCUCUCCAGUACACGAUUUGCAGGUUCAGACAUGAUUGUUUUAAACGUUCACUGUAGGAUUUGCUGCUGGAUACAAAAUAAAGGCAUACAACUGCCACAGGCAGGGCAGUCUGUACAAAGUCCAGGAUGUAAAAACCACUUCAAAA